CACGGCGGCAGCGGGAGCAGCGCGGGGAAGGAGCGCCGGCUCGCAGCCCUCGGCCCUCGCCCCACCCAGCGCCAGCCAGACGGGGGAGGCGGAGCGCCGGAGGGUGGCGGUCCUCGGCCUCCCGGGUCUCCGCUCCGGGAAGCUGCUCCGAGCCGGGGUGUUGUUGCUAACGAGCUCUCUCUCCUCCCUUCUUGCAAUGAAAGACAAGCCAGACCCCGGGUACCUGGAUGGCUUGGAAGCUGAAGUCUCAGAAACUUCCUAAUAAGUUGCCGAUGGCUACCAGCCAAGGUCAGCUGGUUCCCAUUAGCGCCUGUCCCCACCAAAGCCGAGCCAAAUAAGCUGCUCCCCAGUUAGCACCUCAGUCGCUUUUUUUAUGCUCCAGUCCAGCUGCACAAUUGUUGUCACUUUAAGCCCAUAUGAAAAGAAAUCUCUUUUAUUGGCCCAAAAUGCCAAGUCCAAUCCCAUAGAGGGAACGUGUUUGCAGCUAACAGGUACACCUCCUGAUUUUAUUUUAUCUUUACAACGCAGGCCGGAGGGUUGUUUUGCAGUUGUGUUGAGCACAUCACACAUUAAGGGCCCUUUAAAGACCUGGGUUGAUUGGAAGGACAAAAAUUAAAAGCAAUCUGAUCCGGCCUCAUGCCAGAUCCCUGCGGAUUUUCUCCCUAUCCCAUUUCCAUCCACUGUCACAAUUUGAGAGUCUGCCUGAUUUGAUCAGAUUCACCUCUGGGAGAGGUGUGAUGCCAAGGUUAGGAGGACGCCAAGUUGUGGGCAACUUCUCGAUCUGCCCAUCAGCAGUCUGAGAAACGCUGGCUCUGAGUUUUCCAUAUCGGCCUCUUGGAAAAAACAAGUUCCUCGCUGUUUGCAACCUGGCAGAGUCCCUGGGACAUCCGGCCUCCGUCGCCUGGUAGAUGUGGCUUUUCCAUGCUGAGGUUUCGAGUCCCUCCUGAGCCAGUCGCCACCUCUCCGGUCCCUCUCUGGGCCUCGCCCCUGGGGACCGCGCCGCCAUGCUGCACCUGCUGGCUCUUUUCCUGCACUGCCUCCCGCUGGCCUCUGGGGACUACGACAUCUGCAAAUCCUGGGUGACCACGGAUGAAGGCCCCACCUGGGAGUUCUAUGCCUGCCAGCCCAAGGUGAUGCGCCUGAAGGACUAUGUCAAGGUGAAGGUGGAGCCCUCCGGCAUCACGUGCGGAGACCCCCCUGAGAGAUUCUGCUCCCACGAGAACCCCUACCUGUGCAGCAACGAGUGUGACGCCUCCAACCCGGACCUGGCUCACCCGCCCCAGCUCAUGUUCGACAGGGAGGAUGAGGGCCUAGCCACCUACUGGCAGAGCGUCACGUGGAGCCGCUACCCCAGCCCGCUGGAGGCCAACAUCACCCUCUCGUGGAACAAGAGCGUGGAGCUGACGGACGACGUGGUGGUGACCUUCGAGUACGGCCGGCCCACCGUCAUGGUGCUGGAGAAGUCGCUGGACAACGGGCGCACGUGGCAGCCCUACCAGUUCUACGCAGAGGACUGCAUGGAGGCCUUCGGCAUGCCCGCCCGCCGGGCCCGCGACCUGUCGGCAUCGGGUGCCCACCGGGUGCUGUGCACGGAGGAGUACUCGCGCUGGGCCGGCUCCAAGAAGGAGAAGCACGUGCGCUUCGAGGUGCGGGACCGCUUCGCCAUCUUCGCCGGCCCCAACCUGCGCAACAUGGACAACUUGUACACGCGGCUGGAGAGCGCCAAGGGCCUCAAGGAAUUCUUCACCCUCACCGACCUGCGAGUGCGGCUGCUGCGCCCGGCGCUGGGCGGCACCUAUGUGCAGCGGGAGAACCUCUACAAGUACUUCUACGCCAUCUCCAACAUCGAGGUCAUGGGCAGGUGCAAGUGCAACCUGCACGCCAACCUGUGCUCCGUGCGCGAGGGCAGCCUGCAGUGCGAGUGCGAGCACAACACCACCGGCCCCGACUGCGGCAGGUGCAAGAGGAGCUUCCGCACACGGUCCUGGCGGGCGGGCUCCUACCUGCCGCUGCCCCACGGCUCUCCCAACGCGUGUGCCGCCGCAGGCUCCGCCGUUGGCAACUGCGAGUGCUAUGGCCACUCAAAUCGCUGCAGCUACAUCGACUUCCUGAACGUGGUGACCUGCGUCAGCUGCAAGCACAACACACGAGGCCAGCACUGCCAGCACUGCCGUCUGGGCUACUACCGCAACGGCUCCGCGGAGCUGGACGACGAGAACGUGUGCAUUGAGUGUAACUGCAACCAGAUCGGCUCCGUGCACGACCGGUGCAACGAGACCGGCUUCUGCGAGUGCCGCGAGGGCGCGGCGGGGCCCAAGUGCGACGACUGCCUCCCCACGCACUACUGGCGCCAGGGCUGCUACCCCAACGUGUGCGAUGAGGACCAGCUGCUGUGCCAGAACGGCGGCACCUGCGUGCAGAACCAGCGCUGCGCCUGCCCGCGCGGCUACACCGGCGUGCGCUGCGAGCGGCCCCGCUGCGACCCCGCCGCCGCCGACGGCGGCCUGGACUGCGACCGCGCGCCCGGGGCCGCCCCGUGCCCCGCCACGCUGCUCGGCUGCCUGCUGCUGCUGCGGCUGGCCACCUGCCUGGACUGCUGA